GCUCACGUGCGUCCUGUUUCCAUUGAUCAUCCUUGAGAUGUUUCUACAACUUGAUUGGAGUCCACCUGUGGUAAAUUCAAUUGAUUGGACAUGAUUUGGAAAGGCACACACCUGUCUUAUAGGCAUUGUAUAUUCAAUGUUUAUUUCCCCACGUCCAAAAGGACUACUGAUUAAUUCACAGACUUGAGGCUAUCAUCCAAGUAUGUGUACUAAACUGAGCGUGCAGAUACCUUUAAAAACUAUUUAUUUGAAUUGGGAUAUCUGUAAAACUGAUGUACUUGAAUUGGGACUGAUGCACUUAAACAGAGUUUGCACUUAUCCAAUGUCCUUAUCAAGCCCUCAUCAGGAGUGGUCUGUGUUUGUCUCCAGGUUUGCUUCACAUACAACAAAGGUAGUGGAGAGUACGGUUACUGUCCUGACAAAGGGAGCUGCAGAAGACUGCACGUCUGUGAGCGCUACAUUACAGGAACCUGUGCUGCAGACGUGGACUGUGACAGGUCUCACGACUUCUACGAGCCCCACCCACUCAACACCCUGCAGCAGAGGGGAGUACCUAAUGAACUGGUGGCAUCCAUGUUGUCCACCUACCGCAACAUCCAGGCAAUCGGGCAUACUAAUGAUGCUAGUAACACACUUUGCAAAAAAGACUCUGACUGCCUGCUGAAAUCCAAAGCUUUACCAAAUCACUGGGAUAAAUCUUCAGUACCUGAAACUGGAUUCAAGAGGGUUGCUCUGCAGAGUUCCUCAGCUGAGCACAAGAAUAUUCUGGAUCUUUUCCACCAAACUAUGACUGGCUUCAGUGUGAAGACUAUUGAGAGGGUGCAGAAUCGGAUCCUGUGGGAGGUCUUUUCGUGGCAAGGAGAUGUGAUGAGAAAGGCAAAUGCAGGGAAAGGGAAUGAGAAGCAGCUCUUCCAUGGAACAGACUCUAAACACGUGGACGCUAUAUGCCUGCAGAACAUAGCCUGGAGGAUGGGUGGAACACAAGGAACGCCCUAUGGGCAAGGAAGCUACUUCUCUAAGGAUGCCAAGUUCUCCCACAGCUACACCAGCCAGUCAGGAGUCAGGUCCAUGUUUGUUUGUCGUGUGCUGGUGGGAAAUUACACACAAGGACACUCCAGCUACCUCUGCCCCCCUUCAAAAGAUGGAAGUCACACCAUCUCCUAUGACAGCUGUGUGGAUGAUAUCUACAACCCCUCUGUAUUUGUGGUGGUCGGGAAGCAUCAGGUUUACCCAGAGUACCUUAUUCAGUACAGGGAAGGGUCCAGGCCUGGGACCUAUGUUCUACCAUCUAACUUUGUUCAAAACCAGAGCAACCACAACAUGCACUGGACAUCUAUUCCAGUCAUGCCAAGCUCACCAGCCACCCCUGUGCUGCCCAACAAUGCAAGGUUCAGAUCUCCGUGCCCAACAGGACAGAGAACCCCCAGACCUACCUUGACACAUGCUUCUGCACAGUUUGGCUCCCUGAACUCCGUGACACAUCCAUUGUUUCAGUCAGGUCUGAUGACUUAUGUCUCUCCUCCACCACCCUGGGUCGGCUCUAUGACCUCCAUACCACACGCACCUCCAUCAAGGACAAGAAGAUCACAGUUUACUAAAAUGAAAGCAAAAAGUAAAUCUAUGGCAUCACUAGAUAAUCUAUAAGUCUUGGUAGUCAAUUUUUUCUUUUGAAAUUUAGGAGAAAAUUACCUUUUUAUGUAUAAAUAAAUUGUAUUUGUGAAA